AGUGAGCUGGCUGGCCGGCAGUCCCCGGCUUCUCACCCUCCGCCCGACACGCGUCCUCGCGUGGUGUCAAAGGCUUCGGGGAUGGAAUACAUAGAUCGGUCGGCGCGCUUCUUGCUGCCUUACCUGGUGCGCAGCUCGGUCCGGCGGAUGAUGCCUUGGGGACUGCUGGGCCUCAUGCUGGGCGGAUCUCUCGUCAAGGAAUGGGCGCCGCUGCCCGAAACCUACAUGAGCAACAAGCGCAACCUGCUCAACAUCUUUUUUGUGAAAUUUGCUUGGGCCUGGACACUCGGUCUGUUACUGCCUUUCAUCAGCAUCACUAACUACCAUGUCACCCAGAGCAUUCUGCUGGUGUUUCGACGCCUUGGUGCUCUGAUGGUUGGCACUGUCAUCUGGUAUGCAUGCACAGGGGUGUUCCUGCACAUUGAAGACUUCACAGGUAGCUGCUACAAAUCACCAGCCCUAGAUGUACAGCGCCGGGAACAUCCCAACAAACUACAGUGCCAUCAAGCUGGAGGCUUCUGGCAUGGCUUUGACAUCUCCGGGCAUUCCUUCCUCCUCUCGUACUGUGCCCUAAUGAUUGUAGAGGAGAUGGCCGUGAUGCACAGUGUGAAAACCUCCCAUCACCCCAAACUGCACAGAGUGGUCAACAGUUUAUUCCUAGCAUUGAGUUGCUUGACCUUGAUCUGGCUAUGGAUGUUUUUGACCACUGCUAUAUAUUUCCAUGACUUUGUCCAAAAGUUCUUGGGCACCUGGGUGGGCCUCUUUGCUUGGUAUGGAACAUACAGGUUCUGGUACCUGUCACCUCUUUCUCCUGGACUUCCUCCCCAAAAAACUGGUUUGAGUUUCCAAAAGUCUAAGCGUAACCAAUAGAAACAGUAUAUGACUCAGAAUAUUCUUUAUUUGAUAAAGCAUAUUGUUGAUUUGAUAGUGUAAUUUUUAAGAAUAUUGUUAACAAGCAUAUUUAAAGGGAGGGGCAAAAUACUUUUUUUGGCAUUCUGACUGGAAGUUGCUAUCUGCUGUUGCAGUCCUACUACUCACAAGACAGAUGGUUCUCCAUCUUGGCUAACUCAAUGAAAACACUAAUGGUUGUGUCAGCAGUGAAGUCUGAAUUCCAGUAUCUUGGGAGAAAAAACCCUCAAGGUCAGCUACAUUCUCAUUCUCUAUGAAAGAAGCCAAUUUCAUAUACCAAAGGGGAAAAAAUAGAACUUGCUACAAAGUGGAAGCAUCCUACAAGGAGAAAACCAUUUUUGGUUUAGCCAGACAUAGUGGCUAAGGGAACUGCCUAGCUGAAGGCCUAACUAUUCUAGCAAUGCUCCCAACAUUUUGUAUCAAGUAAUCUCUCUGCCUCACUAUGUUUUCUGAUGUCAGGGAUAGAGGUGAUACAAAACAAUGUUUCCUGUUAAGUAAUUCCCUGAGCUAAUGUGUUUGGGUAAGGGAUGGCUACCGGCUGAAUUGGUAGAAGUGCCGUGUGUGGAUUCACAUCACAAAAAUGUGGAUGUAAAAAUAAGUCUUCAAUCUGGAUAAGCACCUUUUUUUAGCUUAUUAGAUGUUUUCGGUCUCCAGAGUUCUUCCUACCCGUUCCAUCAAACUGUUGCAAAAUGCCUUUCCAAAUCAUGUUUACCCAACCCUUGUGCAAGAAUUUAUUUCUCCACGAGAUUAGAAUCAUUGGUGUAUCUUGCCAUUUCACCUCUGUGGCAAUAUAUAACAUCUCUUGAGUGUUGCGACAUACUUUAUAUUGCCAAUCAAAGCAUUCUUGUUAAAGCAAGGGUGUUGGUUACAACAUUGCAGCAUUCACGUUCUUCACUCUUGCUUUCAUCUGUUAAUUAAAUAUCCUGGUUGGGUUCAGCAGAAAGACAGUUCUUUAUGGGGAUCUGUUAUAUAUUGAUCCAUGCAUCCAUCCGUCAGCAGUGGAAGCAAUCCAUAAAUGAUCUCACUUCAAAUGAAAUGUUAAAAUGAAAUGUAGCCUGCUCCUUCUCCCCCACACACAUGGCACUAGCAUUAAACACACACACAAUUUUAAUGUAGUUUUUUUAUGCCAUUUGCUCCAGCUUGAUGACUUGGCUGGCUGCGUUGAACAAGAAAGACUAUUGUUAAUUCUAAAUAUAUAUUUUUUAAAUUCUACUUCAAUGAAUGGUGCUGCUUUGUCUGUUUUAUCCAGAGGCCUAGUAUAAUUCUGAACGCCUAAUAUAUGUGUUUUAGUUAAAGCUGCAGAGUUUACAGGCACUAAGCCCUCAGUUUCAGAAUAGUCCUGUGGAAGUUGUUAACUCUGUUCCAGAGGUGGGAUGGAGUGGCCAAAGGCUACCACCUUCAAUUCCAAACUGAUGGGAAAAUUUCAACAAGUGGUUUGAAUAUUGCAUGUUAAGUGUCAAAUAUUGCAUGUUAAGGCACUUGAAUGGAAUAUAUGUAUUUAAACUGACAAGCAGCUCAAUCUUAAAUAUAUUUGCUUAUACAUAAGUGCCUUGAAAUUUCAUAGUAUCCCUAAGUAUACUUACAUGGAAGUUACUUCCAAAGUGAUCCAGUGAUGUACGUGGAAAAUGCACAAAAAAAUGCACAAUCAUUUUGUUGAUGGAUUUUUUGGGCAUAUUCCCUUAAGCAGUUCCUCUGGCUGAACUGCACAAUUUCCUUUUUAAGUUCCAUCGAACUUAAAGUGUGGCUUCCAGGAAAGAAUAUAUAAAUUGCAGAUCUACCUUGGUAGAUCUCAGCCCUAGUAUUUAGGCGUAUGCUGUUUGGCUCUUUAACUUCUGUGGGAUUAAGACUGCUUGUGCAAAUUUGCCAAACAUAAAUGACUUCUGUAUAAGGAUUGGUUCACAUAGUACUAUUUCCCCUACAUGAAAACAGUAUAGAAAUGCCCAUAAACUGGAAGCAAAGAGCAGCUACACAGAUGACUGUCCAAGUGACUGGCAGAAUGAGAUGACAUGAAAUGAGGUGGGAGUAACCAUGGCUGAAUUUGAAUUGGGGAUUUGCUUAAUGUUUGGGGUGGGUAAACUUCUUUUGGGGAUCCUUCUAGAAUAAAAGUCAGGGUGGAAAUCAAAUAUUAAUAAACCAAGUUACAUACAUAUGUGGGGGACAAUUUCUAGGACUGUAAAAGGACUUUCUCCAUCAGUCUGAUCACAGAAAUCUCUGUGGCUGUAACCAUUUGGCAGCCAAAGUUACACAUAUGCAAAUUAAUCCCUGAGGAUGGUUCCAUGCAGCUUGUAAGUAGUGAAAAAGUGAGUGAGAUCUGAUCCCAAGUAUUAUAUAUUUCAGUUGAGUGGCAUCUUGCCUAAUGGUUCCAUAAACAGUAAGCUUACAUUUAUUUUUGCUUUAAUUUUAAUUUUAGUAUUAAUUUUUAGUAUUAAUUGUGCAUUGGAUAUUUUUUUUAAAAAAAUAGUAUAUACUGACAUCCCUUCCCUUAUUAUUUAUGUGUAUGCAUUUUUAUGAUUGUAUACGUUCUGUUGGCUGCAUGCAUUAAAUAUUGUAGAACUGGUGGGUGGGUUAAUUAUUUAUGAUGUAUCCGCGCUGGUCGUCCACAGAACACUUAUGAUACAUAAAGAAUAGUUCUCUCUUAGACUUUAUCUGGUACAGUUAUUUGGCAUAAUAUUCACUCAUGUCAGUUACUUUAUUGUGUUAGCCAUGAUUGAAUACAUUGUGGAUAAUACCUGUAUCAAUGAGCGCAACUAUCCUAGUGUCUUGGUUAUUUAUUACAAUGUUUGCUGAACAGUUUCCAGUAGCUUUAUGGUAAUGCCCUGUCCUAGAGACACAUCUUAAAAAAUAGUUCCUAUUUAUUUCAGUAGAAUUUCCUUCCAAGUAAAGGAUCAGAGGCAUAUUUACUAAAAAAAAUUAAGGGCAUUUUGUUCUUUCCCAAAGUAUUACUUUUGUUCCAGGCCAGUUUAU